AUGAAGACUACAAUCCAGGUGAUUCUAACCCAGGUGGCCAUCAAGGUGCUCGAGAAAGAGUACAAUGAUGUGGAAUACAUUGAUUCUGAAGUGGCCAUCCAUAAGUCCUUACAUCACAGGAACAUCAUCCAGUUCUUCCACGCUAUCAACACGCUGCGGACCACUUAUCUGGUCAUGGAUUAUCUGGAAGGGAAAGAUCUGGUGAUGCUGAUCAAUGAGGUGGGCUGUCUAACAGAGGAGGAGGCCAGGCCUAUAGUCAACCAGUUGGCCUCUGCAGUGCACUUCCUGCACCAAAGACUGAUUGCGCACCGUGACAUCAAAUUAGAGAACAUCCUGCUGGGUGAAGGUGGCAAAGUCAAACUUUGUGAUUUUGGGUUGGCCACUCAGCUCGUAGAGGGCCAGAUGCUGGAGGAGCUGUGGGGCACCUUGCCAUAUUUGGCCCCAGAGAUCUUGGCUGGAACACCAUAUGACGCUAUGGCAGGGGUUAUGUGGAGCUUAGGGAUUGUCUUCUACGUCCUGGUCACUGGAAACUUGCCCUAUGUAGAAUCGAUCCCCGAAGCUAUGUACCAUCUAAUCACCACCACCCUGUGCCGCAUUCCAUACCAUCUUUCCAGGCCCUGUUAUCUCAUCCUGGCCAGACUGCUCACCGGUUACCUUUGGUUCCGCCUUACGUCAUCUCGGCUUGUGGAACGCCCUUGGCUGGGCCAUAUUCAGGAACACGUAACACCUCCUGCCAAGGAAAUCCUCCCCAAGGUUGUGGAGACCAUGUGUAACAUCGGGUACACCUGCGAGCAGGUGGUAUCGUCUCUAAAAGACCCACAGUCAAACCUAACGGCAACUAUUAACAUCCUUAAAUUCAAACGUCCCUGUCGCCCUGAAGAGGAGCCACAGCGAACCAGCUCUGAUGUCCAGAGGGGAGAGCACACACACACACCUGCUCCACAAGACACCUGCCCGGAGGCGCUGCACUAUUCAGAUAACACAGCCCCAGAAGGAGAUGCAUUGGCCACUGAAACCAUCAACCCAGCUACAGGGGACACCACAGUCACCAUGAUGUCACUAGAUAGCCUGGCUGAUGACUCCUCCUCCCCUGAUCCACCUCUGAAUGUCAACUGCACAGGGCUGGUGAACAUGGCCUUCACCGAAGAGGAAGAAUCCAGAGAGCCAGAUGUGCCCAGUGACCAGCACCAGGGUGUACCCACAGCCUCUGGAACCAGGCCACUCCGGGGCUGGAAGCUCAUGAAAAAACGCAUUUCCAGAGCACUGAGAGCACUGUGCUGCUGCUGCCUGCCCACCCCACCUGGGCAAACAGAAGUGGUGUAG